UUCACCAACCCUAUUUUCUCUACUUCUCUCCGCCUCUCUCGCAUCUCCAAAUCGAAAUCGCUCUCUGCCUCUCUUCGUCUCCGUCUCCGUCUCCGUCUCCAUCUCUGUCUCCGGUAAGUCACUGAAAGAUGGGGCGUGUUAGAACCAAGACGGUGAAGAAAUCUUCACGUCAAGUCAUUGAGAAGUACUACUCUCGCAUGACUCUUGACUUUCACACUAACAAGAAGAUCCUUGAAGAGGUUGCCAUCAUCCCAUCAAAGAGACUCCGCAACAAGAUUGCUGGAUUCUCCACCCACUUGAUGAAACGUAUCCAGAAGGGACCAGUCCGUGGAAUCUCACUCAAGCUUCAAGAAGAAGAGCGUGAACGCCGUAUGGACUUUGUUCCCGAUGAGUCUGCUAUCAAGACUGAUGAGAUCAAGGUCGACAAAGAGACUCUUGAGAUGCUUGCUUCUCUAGGAAUGUCUGACACAUCCGGCAUCUCUGCAGUCGAGCCACAACAAGCUAUGGCACCAAUCGCUGCUUUCGGCGGCAGGGCACCCAGAAGAUACUAAGAUGGCCUCAGCUAAUCAUCAGCUACGAUUGGCUCUCUUUUUUCUCAGUUAGGGACAAGAAAGACUUGUGUGGUUGUUUAUUGUUUCUUCUGAUUAUGUCUUAAACUCAAUGUGAGACUCUUUCGUAUUAAUGGUUUUUAAGUUAUGUGGAACCAAAAUUGGAGUUCAAACAUUUGAUAGUACCAAUACUUUUUGCUUAUCAGAUCCGAGUUGAUUCAUGGGAGAGUUGUUGUAUCAGCGAAGAUUGUGGAGUUUUAUGAAGGACUGUUAGUGAAACAUUCCACAGGUCGAAACCAUUUUAAAACUUUGAACAAGGUAGAGUUGUUCCACAAUGAAAAUGUGUAUAUUGCCUGCUGCUUCUAUUAACUCUUUAGGUCUAGAGGAAGAUAUUUUUGUGUUCAGUCUUUG